AUGCUGUUCCAAAGAUUGUCCUUGCUGGGCUUGAAAUCUUUGUCGUCUGCUAGAUCUACCUUUAUUAGUUACUCUCAAAGAUCUUCCAUUACUAACUCAUUCAGAACCAUGUCUACUGCUCCAUUGGACGCUUCCAAAUUGAAAAUCAAUAAAACUGCUUCUCCAAAAGCUAAGUUGCCAAAUGAACAACUUGUCUUUGGUAAAUCUUUCACUGACCAUAUGUUGACUGUUGAUUGGGAUGCUACCACUGGUUGGGGUGCUCCUGAAAUCAAGCCUUACGCUGGCUUGUGUCUCGACCCAUCCUCUAUUGUCUUCCACUACGGUUUCGAAUUGUUUGAAGGUAUGAAGGCUUACAGAGAUGCUAACAAUAAAUUGAGAAUGUUCAGACCAGAUAUGAACAUGAUCAGAAUGAACAAAUCUGCCGAAAGAAUCGCUUUGCCAACCUUUGACAGUGAAGAAUUGAUCAAAUUGAUUGGUAAAUUGGUUGAACUUGAUGCUGACUUUGUUCCACAAGGUGAAGGUUACUCUCUUUACAUUAGACCAACUUUGAUCGGUACUGAUGCUGGUCUCGGUAUUGGCACCCCAUCUCAAGCUAAGCUCUUCGUCAUUUGUUCUCCUGUUGGUCCUUACUACAGCACUGGUUUCAAGGCCGUCACUCUUGAAGCUACCAAUUACGCUACCAGAGCUUGGCCAGGUGGAUGUGGUAACAGAAAAUUGGGUGCUAACUACGCUCCAUGUGUUCUUCCACAAAAGCAAGCUGCUUCCAGAGGUUAUCAACAAAACUUGUGGUUGUUUGGUCCAGAAAACUACGUCACUGAAGUUGGUUCCAUGAAUCUUUUCUUUGCCUUCAAGGACUCUAAGACUGGUAAGAAGGAAUUAGUUACUGCUCCAUUGGACGGUACCAUUUUGGAAGGUAUCACCAGAGACUCUAUUUUGGCUUUGGGUAGAGAAAGAUUGGACUCGAAUGAAUGGGAAGUUAACGAAAGAUACUUGUCUAUUGAUGAAGUGGCUGAAAGAGCUUUGAAGGGUGAAUUGCUCGAAUGUUUCGGUUCUGGUACUGCUGCUGUUGUCUCCCCAGUCAAGACAAUUGGCUGGAACGGUAAGGACAUCAGUGUUCCAUUGUUGGAAGGUAAACAAUACGGUGCUCUUACUAAGCAAUUCCAAGAAUGGAUUUCUGCUUUGCAAUAUGGUAAGGAAGAGUUCAAGAACUGGUCCCGCGUUAUCAACUAA